AUGGCUCUAACGCCGUGGUGGUUCACCAUGGGCCCUGCACGAGGCUGGCUGCUGGGCCUGGCUCUACUCCUUCUGGGGACCCAGGCUGCUCCAUCCCCGUCCGGUGAGGAGGGGAAGCUGGUCCGGACCAUCAGGGUCAGACGACAGGCCCCUUCAGAUGGCCCCACCAGCCCAUCUAACAACCAGACCAACAAGGAGCAGCCAAUGGUCUUCAACCAUGUGUACAACAUCAACGUGCCCAAUGAGUCUCUGUGCUCGGUGGAUCUGGACUCAGCAGUGCCUCCACCCAGCCAGGCCACCAGAGAGGCUGUGUCCAGUUGGGGUGGGCAGGGCCCCACGGAGUUCACAGAGCAGACAGUGGACGCAGACAGCCAGGUCACCUUCACCCACCGCAUCAACAUCCCCAAACAGGCCUGUGCCUGUCCCGCAGCCAACAUUGUGCAGCAGCUGGCCACCCGCAUCGAGAUGCUGGAGAGAGAGAUGUCGCUGCUGAGGGCCCAGUGCAGCUCUGGCAACUGUGGCUGUGGGGAGAAUUCAGCCAUGGGUAAGUGGGGAAUAAUAGUACAGCUUGACAGUAUUAUUAGAGCUACUGUACCCUGGUCAUAGGCUAAUUUGAGGCCAAUGUGGAUUGUCAGGCUUUCAUUUCAUUCAGUUACUGAGCGUCUUGGUUUGAGUAGAUAGCACCAGGAUAUGAAAGCCUGGGGAUUUCUUAGUGUUCAUAGCUUUAUUUUUAGACUGUUACUCUGUUACAUUGUUUGAAAACGUACACUGUUACAACAGAUGAUGUUGACAUUAGUAAAGCAUACAGUAUAUUUAGUGAUGUUGUUUUCUGUUCUCAUUUCUUCCUCUAGGUCACCUGGACUUCAUUCCUCAGUGCAGUGGCCACGGCAGCUUCAAAAUGGACCUGUGUGGCUGUGUGUGUGAGGACGGCUGGACGGGCAAGAACUGCUCCGAGCCGCGCUGCCCAGACGACUGUUCCGGACAGGGAGUGUGCAUGGAGGGCGAGUGUAUGUGUGACCGCGACUUCGGAGGGGACAACUGCUCGGAGCCCCGCUGCCCGGCGGACUGCUCCGGUCGAGGGCUGUGCAUGGAUGGGGAGUGUAUCUGUGAGGAGAACUUCACUGGAGAGGACUGUACGCUGGGUCGCUGCCUCAACGACUGCUCUGACCAAGGGCUGUGCACCAACGGAACCUGCCAGUGUCGCCCAGGAUACGUAGGAGAAGACUGCUCCUUGGCCUACUGCGCCAACAACUGUAGUCAGAAGGGCAUCUGUAGGGAAGGCUUCUGUGUCUGCCAAGAGGGCUUCGCUGGAGACGACUGCUCUGCAGGUGAGAGAAAGAGGAAACCAUAG